AUGAUUUGGAAGUUUCCUCCAAAUAAAAGAGAUGAAAUCCGUCGGGCUUAUAUUAAAGUUGGGCCAAAUCAGCCAAUUCUUGAUAAUUAUCCAUUUUCUGGUGAUAAAAUUCAUCGUCGCUUUCAAGCUUCAUGGUUUAAAUUGUUCCCAUCUUGGUUAGAAUAUUCUAUAGAAGAUGAUGCUAUAUAUUGUUUUUCGUGCUUUCUUUUUGCUAAGGAACCUUCAAUCAAUACGGGUUCAAAUGCUUUUAUUGAGAAUGGUUUCAGAAAUUGGAAGAAAGUAAAUAGUGGAAAAGAAUGUGCUCUUUUGAAUCACAUUGGCAAAGGUCCUAACUCAUUCCAUCAUAAGGCGCUGAAAUCAUGUGAUGAUUUGAUGAAACAAUCACAACAUAUUGACAGACUUCUUCAUAAGCAAACAUCAGAAGAGAUUGAAAAGAAUCGAAUUCGACUAGGAGCAUCUAUAGAUUGCAUUAGAUGGUUGACAUUUCAAGGUGGUGUAUACAGAGGACAUGGUGAAAGCCAAAGUUCAAGCAACAGAGGUAACUUUUUGGAAAUGUUAAAAUUUUUGGGAUCUUACAAUGAAAGAGUGAAACAGAAUGUUUUGGAAAAUGCUCCAAAAAAUGCUAAGUAUACUUCAAAUGAUGUCCAAAAAGAAAUUCUACAUAUUCUUGCUACUAAGGUGAGAAAUUCAAUUAGAGAAGAGAUUGGAGAUGCCAAAUUUUGUAUUAUUGUUGAUGAAGUUAGAGAUGAAUCUAAAAAGGAGCAAAUGGCCAUUGUUUUGAGAUUUGUUACUCUAGAUGGUUUUGUUAAAGAGAGAUUUUUUGAUCUUGUGCAUGUCACUGAUACUUGUGCAACAACUUUAAAGAAAGAAUUGAUUUCUGUCCUUUCUCAUUAUAAUCUCCAAGUUAAAAAUAUUAGGGGUCAAGGGUAUGAUGGUGCUAGCAACAUGCGGGGUGAGUGGAAUGGUUUGCAAGCUUUGUUUCUUAAAGAUUCUCCACAAGCAUACUAUGUGCAUUGUUUUGCUCAUAGGUUACAAUUAGCAUUGGUGGCAGCUUCAAGAGAGAUAGAGAAAAAUGUCAUCUUCUAUGAGCUCGAACAGCCUUAUGAGUAUGAGGACUCUAUCCUUCACAACUUUUAUGCGGUGGGCGCGGAGCUUCGAGUCCGUUCCGUUCCAGCACAACAGGAUAGUCAAGCAGUGCCUGAGCCUGGCUUUGUCGUCAAUGACUACAUCCUUGUGUCUCCUCCAGUAGCUUCUGGUCAGCCCUCAGUAGUUGAGCAAAUUUCUCCUAAUGGUACAAUUCUCGCAGACGACAGCAGUGAUGGUAUUCCCCAGAGUACAUCAAAGGUCAUCGUUAUUUCUGACAAUGAGGACAUCGAGGAGAUAAAGAUUGUGGAUCUGGCUUCUAAGGACGAUGAGGAUCUUGAGAUGGAUAUAGAGAUCGUGGACUUGACUUCUAACAGCGAUUAG